GAGACACUAUGUCAAUUCACCGACCUUUGAAAGGAGGAAUAGAGGGAAAAGACGAGAAAAUUGCCAUCCAGGAGGGUCAAAAAUGUACAUGCUGAUUGGCGUCAGCUUCGGCCUGCUGUGCAUCAUACAGUGCGCGCUCAAUGUUUCUCUUCGGCUACAGGCUGCUGGGUUUUCUAACAGGUCAGACAACAUGGCUUGCAACUUCACCCUAUCAGCUGAUGACAUUGGAGUCCUGAUUUUAGAGAGGGACCGACUGCUUCAAGAUAUAGAUCAACUGAAUCAAGAUAAAGACAAACUGCUUCAAGAGAAAAACCAGCUCCUUCAAGAUAAAGACCAACUGAAUCAGGAUAAAACCAAACUGGUUCAAGAGAAAAACCAGCUCCUUCAAGAUAAAGACCAACUGAAUCAGGAUAAAACCAAACUGGUUCAAGAGAAAAACCAGCUCCUUCAAGAUAAAGACCAACUAAAUCGAGAUAAAAACAAACUGGUUAAAGAGAAAAAUCGACUGGCAAAAGACAACAAAGAGCUACAGGUCGCAAACAGUCAACUGACUGAAGAGAAAAACAUAUUAAAUGAGAAAGUCAUCAGACAACAAAAUCAGAUAUCAGAACUUCAGUCAAAACUAAGAACAGCAGAAGGAAACUCCGGGAGCUGUCCCCGGGAGUGGAAGCCAUACAAGUCCAGCUGUUACCAGCUUUCAUCUAUGGCAAGCACCUGGGAGAAUGCCAGAGAUGACUGUAGGAGAAAAGGAGCUCAUUUGGUGAUUUUGAAUGAUAACAAGGAAGAGGAUUUUGUCAGUAGUCUUGGAAGUGUCAAAGUGUGGAUGGGCUUGAGCGGUCAGUAUGACCCAUUCUCUUGGACACGGACAUGGACAUGGACAUGGACGGAUGGAAGCCUGUGUUCUGCGCACUGCGAUCAUCUGCAGCCUCUCCUCUCGUCUUGCAGUUGUGUAUAUCUUGAUCAAAACUACCCCCUGUUGAGCACCUGGGUCGCUCGGGAUUGUAACAGACAACACUUUUGGGUAUGUGAGAAGGAGUGUUCCAGACCUCAGUAAGACUUGCAUAACAAACAUGUGGCACAUGGUUUCCUUGUAAUCUGAACCUGCACAGUGAGCAAGGCAUCAUCUGAAAGGCUUAUGUAAAAUUUCAGAGGACAAUUUUUUACUUUGGGUGAACUAGAUAAAAGUAAAAAAAACUAAAUCCUAUCAUUUGUUUAUAUUACAACGAUUUUAAGCUGCUGAAGUUGUAUCGAUAGAUAAGUGUGUUUUACCAUCAUAGUCAGUAAUGGCAUCUUCAGUGCUCGCCUUCAGUGAGCAGUUGGAUGCCUUGGAUGUGUUCUUAGAACACAAUGACGCCCUUCAUAUGUGGAGGACUUAAUGAGGUGUGCAAACUGCUGGUGACCACUAGAGGGUGAUAUUUAUAUAUUUUUGUACCUCAUACCCCUCAUGUAAAUGAAAUGUUUUAUUAUAAUGACAUCACUGAUUGCUCAAAGGAAGAGCAAUGAUUGGUUGAUCAGCCUGGUCAGGCAGCUUCAGGUGUACUGCUUAUUUCAUUCUACGUCUUUUUAAAACUGCAGU